UCAGCACGGAUUGGUUUGUCACGGACCAACCAAAUUACUAACCCGGAUAAAUGCAAAGAAGUCCACAUUUUUGGUUUGAUUUCCACCGUGUGUCCCGGACUUUUCGUGGCCUCAGAAUAGCUUCUCCUUGUUUCUGUGAAGGCGGAGGAAACAUGAGCUCUCUGCCUGGCUAGUAUAGAAGCUAAAACGUAAGGUCAGAAAAUAAAAAAUUAAAGGCAUGGAGCAGUACACCACUGCCACCACUACCACAGGAGAACAGAUCGUUGUGCAGACUGCCAAUGGACAGAUCCAACAGCAGACACAAGGCACAGUGACUGCUGUGCAGCUGCAAACGGAGGCGCCCGGCCAGCAGGUGCAGACACUCCAGGUAGUCCAGGGACAGCCCCUGAUGGUACAGGUGAGCGGUGGGCAGCUCAUCACAUCCUCAGGGCAGCCCAUCAUGGUGCAGGCCAUGUCGGGGGGUCAGGGUCAGACCAUAAUGCAGGUUCCUGUGUCUGGAGCUCAAGGACUACAGCAGAUCCAGCUGGUGCAGCCGGGUCAGAUCCAGCUGCAAGGAGGGCAGACUCUCCAGCUCCAGGGUCAGCAGGGUCAGCCUCAGCAAAUCAUCAUCCAGCAGCCUCAGACCGCCAUCACUGCUGGACAGAACCAGGGACAGCAGAUCAGCGUUCAGGGCCAACAGGUCGCUCAGACGGCAGAUGGACAAACUAUCGUCUACCAGCCUGUGAACGCAGAUGGCUCUGUCCUGCAACAGGGAAUGAUCACGAUUCCUGCUGCCAGCUUGGCAGGUGCUCAGAUCGUACAGGCAGGGAACGCCAGCACCAACACCAGCAGCAGCGGCCAAGGCACUGUGACCGUCACCCUGCCUGUCUCCGGCAACAUGGUCAAUGCAGGUGGAAUGGUCAUGGUAAGACCCUGUGCUGAGAUGGUGCCUGGAGGAGGCGGAGUUCCAACAAUGCAGCGUAUCCCCCUGCCAGGGGCCGAAAUGCUCGAGGAGGAGCCCCUGUACGUCAACGCUAAACAGUACCACCGCAUCCUGAAGAGGAGACAGGCCCGAGCCAAGCUGGAGGCUGAAGGCAAGAUUCCUAAAGAAAGGAGGAAAUACCUACACGAGUCUCGCCACCGUCAUGCGAUGCAGCGUAAGAGAGGGGACGGAGGUCGAUUUUUUUCUCCUAAAGAAAAGGAAGAAAUUUUGGCCCUAGCACAAGUAAGGCGCUGAGCUGGAACAAGGAUUUCAAGUCUCCAACAGCAGGAAGUUGGCCAGACGGCGUCGGAGGAAACAGUGACUCAGAUGAUCCGAGUCUCGUAGCACUGUCGGCAACACUGUGACUUUAAUCGGAACUCUGCCCUGACUGAGACUCUUCAUGCCAGCUAACCGUCUGACAAACUCAUCUAUAGUCCUGUCUGCCUCCAUAGACCCAACAGUUAUUUUACUGUUUUUUUUCCUCUCGUUGGUCUUUCAGAGAGCUGGCUGAGUCAUCACAGAGCCAGUGGACUCCUCUGGUCUUCUUCAUUUAGAGGGGCAACGUUAUCGUGCUAUACUUACCUGGUUGAAUAGAAAGAAACCCCAGCAAUGUUUACUUUUUUUUUUGUUUGGACUAAAAAGAAACGUGGAUUUAUUGGCAACCAGUCACACAGAGGGAAUGAUGCUCCUGAAGCCAUCCUCUGGUAAAAAUGUGAAUGGUACCAAUUUUCUAAAAACAUUUGAUGGUUUACACUUCGCUGUUGUUCUGUGUGAUUUAAAGGAUUCCCUUCAUAUGAAAAUGUAAUUAUUUAAAACYGAAUACGUUGUGUAUUUCCCUGAAUCCCAGCCUUCAUCCACUGAGCAAAAACUGAGUUAUUUGAAAAUGUUGAAGUGGAUACGUACCAGCUCUGUGAAUGCAUUUUAUACAGUUUAUAGUUGGACAAAGUGUUUUUUUUGCCUAAAAAAUAUAAAAAAGGCAUUGCAUCAAAUUAGACACUAUAUUCAUGAACAGUAGAUGAUUUUUCAUCAAGUCAUCUAGGUGUUUUUUUCCUACCUUGUAGUUAAUUAAAUAGGGUUUUUUAAAAUCCAUCAGAUGCAGUUAAUGUUAUUUUUAUAAUGUUAAGUGGGUUGAAAUUGUUUUCAUGAAACGUUAAUAAAUUUUUAGUAAGUUACACAAAGUUAGUUGUGGCUUUACUUAAAGUAAAGACUAUCGUGUGAUUUCCUUGUUAAACUUAACAGUUUUUAUUAAAGUGUUUAAGAAAGGAA